CACAUUCAGCGUCCUCACCGAGCUGAACACCGGCCAAUGCUUCUUGCCACCCCUGCCCUGGGUGUCUGUCCCAUGCGUGGGAAGCACAACAAAAUCAAGGGCUUCACCUGAGAGCGUCUAAAGGAGCAAGAGAGAGAAAGUGGGCAAUCCUUUCUGCAUCCUUUAUACUUUUAUACUUUUACACUUUCCCGUCGGACGAGGGGCUCCUAUUUCAGCUUCACCAGUUUUGUCACUGAGUAUAAAGAGACAAUAGCUUGGAGAUAUGAACGAGUCGCUGGUGGUGAACGACUCCUUUGCGGCCCCUGUGGCUGGAGAAGCCCUCCCGUGGAUGGAGGCUGAUUUUCCAGAGCGCAAUAGCAGCCUGGAGUUCUCCACCGCCCCGUUAGAUUUCCCCAUCAACCCGUGGGACAUUAUGCUCUGUAUGUCCGGCACCGUCAUCGCCUGCGAAAAUGCCAUAGUGGUAGCAAUCAUCUUCUACACCCCAACAUUAAGGACUCCCAUGUUUGUGCUGAUUGGGAGCCUGGCCACAGCGGACCUGCUGGCCGGCAUGGGAUUAAUCCUGAACUUUGUGUUCCAGUAUGUGAUCUCCUCUGAGACUAUCAGCCUUAUCACUGUAGGCUUCCUGGUGGCGUCCUUCACUGCAUCCAUCAGCAGCCUUUUAGCCAUAACAGUGGACCGUUACUUCUCCCUCUACAAUGCCCUUACAUACUUCUCAGAGAAGACACUGCAGUAUGUGCACCUGAUGCUAGUAGGGACCUGGGGGGUGUCUCUGUUUUUGGGCUUGCUUCCGGUGCUUGGCUGGAACUGCCUGGACGACCCGGACUCCUGCAGCAUCGUCCGCCCUUUGACCCGGAGCAACGUCACUCUCCUGGCCGCCUCCUUCUUCGUCAUCUUCGUGCUCAUGCUCACUCUCUACUUCAAGAUCUGCAAGAUCGUGUGCCACCAUGCCCACCAGAUCGCACUCCAGCAGCACUUUUUUGCCACGUCGCAUUACGUCGCCACUAAGAAGGGGGUGUCCACUUUGGCCAUCAUCUUGGGAACAUUUGGUGCCAGCUGGCUGCCCUUCGCCAUCUACUGCCUGGUUGGCGAGAGGGAGUACCCAUCAGUGUACACCUAUGCUACACUGCUGCCAGCCACAUAUAACUCAAUGAUCAACCCCAUCAUCUACGCCUACAGAAACGCAGAGAUCCAGCGCUCCCUCUACGUGCUUCUCUGUGGCUGCUUUCAAGCCAACAAAGCCUAUCGGUCCAGGUCACCAAGUGAAGUCUAAA